AUGUCUUUGGAUUCUUUGGAUUUUUUCCCGCGAUUAUCAGAUAACUUGUGUAGUCUACUUGAAUAUGCAGAAGAUUAUGAUGUCAUUAUUAGAGUAGGCAUUGAAAAUAAUAGAUUGGAAAAAUUAGGUGGAGGAGAUAUCUUGGAGUUAUUGGUGGCAGCAGAUGAAUUGAUACUUGAAGAAUUAAUAUAUCCGCUUCAAGAAUUUUUAUUAAAACAUAAACAAAAAUGGAUUCAGGAUAACAUACUUUAUGUAUUAAAUACAGUGAUAGAACGUAACGCUUGUAGUAAAUUACGAUCACAUUGUUUAUCAAUAGUAUGUCCUGAACCACAAAGAUAUUUUGAUUCGAAAGAAUUUAUGGAUUUAGAUGAAACAACUUUAGUAUCGUUAUUAUCAAGAGAUGAUUUAUGCAUGGAAGAAGGAAAAAUUUGGGAUUAUUUAAUUAGUUGGGGUUUAACAAACACUUUUAAUAUAAAAAGUAAUCAUAUUUUUAAAUGGUCUACAAAGGAAUUUUGUGCUCUUGAAAAAACAUUACAACGGUGUAUUCCAUUAAUUAGAUUUUGGCAAUUACCUUUGGAGGAUUUCAAUAACAAAGUUAGACCUUUUGCUGAAAUAUUACCUAGAAAUCUUAAACUUAGAUUAUUGCUGAGUCCUGGAACUUCUCCCUCUGAAAUGUCACCAAUCUUAUCCUCCAAUAUUUUUUACUUGUCUAAUUAUAUUAGUAGUCUUAGUAAUCAUUUCAUCACAAAUCAAACUAAUGGUCAAACUUUAUCACCGCCUAUAAGUCCUUCUGUUAUACCGCUUUCAUUACCGGAGAGAACAAUUGAUUCUACUAUUAUCACGCAUCAGCAAGCUGCUCUUAUUGCUUGUUGGAUAGAUAGAAAGAGCGUUUCUGAAUCCACACCGCAAAUCGAUUUAUUUCCCAUUCCAUACAUUUUCAGAGAUGUCGAGUGGCGCGGUACACGUGAUUCCUUCAUUUUUUCUUUAACGAAUCCUUAUUGUGAUGCUCAUCGUUCCAACAAUAACGUCAUAUCCAAGUCUAAGAUAUCGAGAAUCAAAAAAGAUGGCAUUAAUGAGGCCAUACAAUUGCAUGAUAGACUUGGCCCUUCAUUUGGUUUUUAUGAGUUAAAAAUUAUUGAUAAUGCUCAUCAAGGAACCAGUAGCUAUGCUUCUGGCG